AUGGCAACAUACGAAAGAAUCGAAAAAGAGUUGAAUGAUGCAAAAAGAGAGUAUGAAAAGGCGGAGGGGAACUUGAGUGAAGCAAAGAAGACGGAGUUGGAAGGACGAAUGAACAGGUUGAACAAGGAAAAGAAGUAUUGGAAAAAAAAUGUGAACGAUUGGAAAGACCAAGUGAAGGAGUGGGGAGAAGCACUAGGAAAAUUUGGAGAAAAAGAAGGUAAUGAACAAAUUGCGUAA